CAGCUUUUAGAGGAGCCAGACCAAAGAUGCCAUCUUAAAAAUGUCCCCAUUUAUCUCUACAACUUUUCAAAGAAAUGUGGACCUGAGCAAUCAAAACCAGCAAACAUUUAUUGAGGACUUCUUAUGUGCCAGGUUCUACACCAGUUGCUCUCACAUGUCUAAUUUCUUCAGUAUUCAUGAUAACUAACAAAUCUAUUAACAAAUAUUAGGUUCUAGGUACUUGAAAUUAGAAUGGAGAAAAGUCUUAAAGAAUACUUCAGAGUUUUCUACUCAUUCCCCCAUUCAUCUGGAAUUUGAUAAUUAUCUUAGAGGCAGACUGGUUUGAAUGUCCAGAUAUCUGAACACAGCUUACCUUUAGAGGUACCUAGGUUUUAGUGUUCCAAAAAUUACUAUACAGCCUUUUCACGAAGAUGGCACUGAAAGCGAAGAAGGAAUCCCCUGCCCCUCCCAAAACCGAAGCCAAAGCAAAGGCUUUGAAAACCACGAAGGCAGUAUUGAAAGGCAUCCACAGCCACAAGAAAAAGAUCCGCACUUCACCUACAUUCCGGCAGCCCAAAACACUGUGUCUCAGAAGACAGCCCAAAUAUCCUCCGAAGAGCGCCCCCAGGAGAAACAAGCUUGACCACUUGGCCAUCAUCAAGUUCCCCCUGACCAUUGAGUCAGCCAUGAAGAAGACUGAAGACAACAACACACUUGUGGUUGUCAAGACCAACAAGCACCAGAUCAAACAGGCUGUGAAGAAGCUCUGUGACAUUGACGUGGCAAAGGUCAACACCCUGAUCAGGCCUGAUAGAGAGAGGAAGGCAUAUGUUCGACUGGCUCCUGGCUAUGAUACUUUGGAUGUCGUCAACAAAAUUGGAAUCGUCUAAACUGAGUCCAGCUGGCAAAUUCUAAAUAUAAGUUUUUUGACCAUAAAAAAAAAAAAUUACUAUGCAGAUUCUAUAUGGAAAACCAUGUAUACCAUACUCUGGCUGAGUUAAAGGAUUUUUCAAGAAUAAUUUGAACUGAACUCAAUUUUGCCUCACCAAAACCGAUGGCUUUGUAAGAAUCCUCUCCACUGGACUGAUGGGCCAAGUAAGGCAGGUUACCUUUGUGAAAGAGGCAACAUUUCUGCUCUAUUUGACCCUAUAGCACUUUCUCUCCAGAAAAUAUAUUUGCAAUAUAGCUGGUAUAUCUCCCUAUACCUUAGACUCAGUCUCCCCCUACUCUAGUAGAAG